AUGGGUGUGUUUCUACGUUCAGAUCCGCCCUCUCGCAUCCAUUCCGAGCCCCAGGGCAUCGACCACUUCGAUCGACUCCCUGAUUCCGUUGUCAUCUUCGUGUUCAACAAGAUCGGCCACGUCAAGGCACUCGGCCGCUGCCGCGUCGUCUCCAAGAGGUUUCAUUCCCUCGUUUCUCAGGUCGACUACGUCGUCUGGGCUGCCCAUUGCGACUGCUCCGCCGCCGCCGCCGCGAGACCUUUCUCCUCCAUCUUCCGUCGCGUCGUCGGUGACAUUGUCAAACCUCUCCAGGCCGUGGGCCAAUUCCUUGGCACCAAGCGCUCAUGCGCCUCUCCGUCUUCCUCUCGUCUCUGUAUGACCCAGUUUCUUAAAACUUUCAAAGCGAUUCGCUACCUUCGAAUCGAGACCCCCUUGUGCAAAAAUAUGGAGUUAGGCGACGGGGUUUUUUUGCAAUGGAGGGCGGAAUUCGGUUCCACCCUUGAUAAAUGUGUGAUUCUCUGA